UAUAGCUCCAGUUCUCAAAGGCAGACCUCGGAAAAAGAAACUGAGUAAUAAAACUACAGCGUCAAAAGAAGAAAUCAAAGUAAAACAAAAUAAUGCGACUGUUGAACAACAAGCGUCAAACGAAGCAGAGAGUUCGGACGACAACAAUACUGACACUUCAGAGACAAGUUCAAUCCAAGAACUUCCGUGUCCUCCAAAACUUGUAUCAAGCAUAAAAGAAGAAAAACGUUCGGGUGUUAUACGAUCUGUAAAACAAGACGGCAAACCUAUAGCAAUUCCACCAGUUCCAAAGUUGGUGAAAAUUGAACAGAAAAAAACGAUUCCUUACGGCCGUUAUACCGAGUCAGGCUUAAUGUACACUGAUCAGAUAUCUGGUCAUCAGAUAGAAAAAAAUAUCCCGUCAAAAGUGUCGUAUUCUAAUUCAGUGACACAGACACGCGAGAAAUGUAUACGCGUGGACAAAGAUUGUCCUGCGAGUUUACCCGAGAGUGUCCACGCAUCCCUCGUGUCUCACGCGGCAACGAUCACCACAAAUCAUCACAUACAACCGCGAAUGUCAACCAUAAUGUCCACAGCACUUGCAACACAAGGAGAAGUUACACAGAACCUGGGAACGAGUGAUGGGGACGAGCCAAGAACUGAACAACCUUUGAAACGAAAACGAGGCCGACCACCUGGAAAGUCGAACAAAUGUUUAAAGUCAUCUGAGGUGAAGAUAGCUCCCAAGACUGUAGAAGAUGAUCAAGUACAGAUCAAGGUCGAGGAUGAAUAUGUGUACACAGAGACAAUGAUGGAAUGUGAAGAAUACAGUCCCGAGGUGAGUGUUUAUCCGAAACGUCGGGCAAUCCAGCAAUAGCCGCAGCGAGGCAUGUACAGCUUUUCUUGGAUUACACACGCAAAAACUCGUCAACAAGUUGUGUUCGCUCUGCUUGUCCCACGUUGUCAACAAGUUUGGAACAAGCUGUUAACAACCUGUAACAACCUUGCUGAUAUUAUCAGACUUGUUGCAAGGUUGUUCCAAUAUAAGUCACGAUAUAACAGUCACGAUAUAACAAUAUUGUUACAACCUUGUGUCGUCAACCUCGUAAUAUUCUUGUUAUAUCAUGACUGCAUCAGACUUAUUAGAGCAACCUUGUAACAGGUCUGAUAAUACCAUCAAGCUUGUUACAAGUUGUUAACAGCUUGUUCCAAACAACAACUAAGAACAAGAAAUGCGAACACAAUUUGUCGACAGCUUGUGAGCAGAUUAGUAACACCUUGUUUGCAGACCUCAAUUUUUCUUGUUUAAUCAAUUUUGUAAAACUAUUCCAUUUCAGCCACAAAAUGCAGAUGAGCGUGACUUUAUGAAGAACUUGAAAAUCUUUAUGAGAAAACGAGGCUCUCCAAUUGAGAAAAUCCCGGCCUUGGGUUUCAGGAAAAGUAUGGGAAUGUAUUUAUUAAAUGAUAGUUCGUUUAUCUGCUUACCUUCGGAGAUAUUAAAAUGAUAUCCUAAUAUAUUGGGGAGGCGGGGAUGGUUCUGGAUAUCUCGUAUCCCUUUUGUUAGUGUGGUUAUUUGGUCAAGUACCCCUAUUAUCACGAAGUCUAUGACUUCCUUUUGGCUAGUCGUUUUAGUAUCCCGUAUCCUAAAUUUUACCCUUCAGUAUCCCGUAUCCCUAUAAAUCCUUCAGGCCAAAUAUGGCCACUACAAUGUAUCUUUUAUUUCCUAUAGUCAAUCUAUUCAAGAUGUACGAAGUUACCCAGGCUUUGGGUGGAUAUGACCAGGUAGGCUUAGCAGUACCAACCAGUGAGCUCCAUAUAUAACUGGAACGAGAACUCGAGUCCAAAAAAGUGAAGCCAAAGAUGGAGUUAUUGGACGUCAGUUUCAGCCCCUUUCUAUUGUUUUUGUCUGCAGGGAAUGUGUAUAUAUAUAUAUAUAGGUUAUCAUAUAAGGGAUGAGGUGAUAUCAGUUUUAUCGCUCGAGGGAUGAUAUCACAAUUGUCACGAGCAAGCGCAGCGAGCGAGGGACAAUAGUGAUAUCGUCCCGAGAGCGAUAAAACUGAUAUCACCGAAUCCCGAGUACGAUAACCUAUUUAUUAUAUACUUGUACCUUUAUCAGGGUUUGACACCCAAAAAUAAACAGUUUUGAAAAAAAGGAUCAUUUUAGAAUUCAAAAAAAGUCCUCAUUUAUUGAACAAAUAUGAUUUUAGAAAAUAAAUAGACCAUUCAUAUAAAUAAUAUACAAUUAAUAAGUCUUUCGUUUUGUAUUAUCGUUCUUGUUUCCUUCGAUAAAAUUGUCGACAUCAACCAACACGAACAUCGAGUCGGCCAUCUUUGUUUUGACAAGGCGCGAAAUUUAGCGGGACAAAAAACGAUAUCCGGGACAAAAAACGAUAUCCGGGACAAAAAACGAUAUCCGGGACGAUAUCGUUUUUAUGUCCCGCUGCUUCCUACCUGAUAAAGGUACAAGUAUGUGAUAAAUGGUUUUAUGAACUGAUAACUUGAUUAGCGAUACGGUCCCGCCGGGUCCGUUAGAGAAAAAACUGGACCUUUAUACUUUAUAGCUUUACAACCUUCAUAGCUAUUGGACGUCGAUUCCACUGUCUUGGCUUCACUUUUCUUGUAGGCCGAACGACUGAAGUUCUUGCUCCAGUAUCUAUAGAGCUCACUGCUACCAGUGCCAGAAAUGUCAACAUUUCUGAAUUUGAGUACCGUCUGCUGUUCUGCUUAUUAAAACCCAAAUAGCGUUCUAACAUACAUAUUGAUUUUGAAAAACAUUGACACUUUAAUGUAAGAUUGUAAAGAUGCUGAAAAUCGACACUUGCCUGUUACGAUCAAAGAUAAUUCGAAGCUUAGUGGCGGAGAUAUUACAGCAGAAUACAUUGAUUUCAGAAAUUGUUUAGCAACAGUAGGUCUUUUUAAAUGCUGACAUAAAGAACAGUGGGAUUUUGAAGACAAUGAAAAGACAAUAGAGACUUCUGGUUGCUGAUUCGUGACUGGAUUGCACUAUUGUUACGCUAGACUUUACAUGCAAAGAGCGCGUGUAAACGCACUGCAGCUUCUUUUGCAUGUCUUAUGUUGUUUAAGUAAUGAAUAGACGCAGAAAUGCUGUAAUUUGUGUAAUAUUUGUUUUAGGUGACAGACAAGAGAUUAUGGCGACGUGUCUACAGCGAAGUUGGUGGAGCACCAAGUAUUACUAGUGCUGCUACAAAUUCAAGAAGACAUUAUGAAAAGUAAGAAUGCUUCUCUCUGAUAUUACUGGCUUCAAAGUUUUUUGACAACUUGGAAAAUCGAACCUGAAUUUUUUGUAAUGUUUUCGCUGACAAGGCAUUUGUUAAGUCUUGAUCGUUGAUUUUCAUCCUGUAUAUUAAUGCUGUAACUUUGCAUCUUCAGAUUACUGCUGCCAUUUGAGAGAUGUUCAAGAGGUGAAGAGUAUCUACUUGAUGUUAAACGCUCCGAAACUCCAUCGCCCACACCAGAUGAUCUUGUUGCGCCUCAAAAAGAUCAAAAUGGAAAUGUCGUUUCUCAAAACGAGGCUAUUAUCCUCUCAACGAGCCAGCAGGAGAAACUGUCUCAACCACUGGUCACAAUACAGAAGGUACAAAGUAAACCUAGCAUACCGAUACUUUCCCAUGUAAUACAACCAUACCAGCAAGACACUCGAGUAAAAGCAGCAGUUACUGGUGUAAUGAGCCAGCAAGACACUAGGUUAAAAACAGCGGUAUCUGGUGUAAUGAGCCAGCAAAACACUCGGUUGAAAACAGCGGUAACUGGUGUAAUGAGCCAGCAAGACACUCGGACGAAAGCAGCGGUUACUGGUGUAAUGAGCCAACAAGAUACUCGGUUGAAAACAGCGGUAACUGGUGUAAUGAGCCAGCAAAACACUCGGUUGAAAACAGCGGUAACUGGUGUAAUGAGCCAGCAAGACACUCGGACGAAAGCAGUGGUUACUGGUGUAAUGAGCCAACAAGACACUCGGUUGAAAGCAGCGGUAACUGGUGUAACGAGCCAGCAAGACACGCGGUUGAAAACAGCGGUAACUGGUGUAACGAGCCAGCAAGACACGCGGUUGAAAGCAGCGGUAACUGGUGUAAUUAGCCAGCAAGGCACUCGGUUGAAAGCAGCGGUAACUGGUGUAAUGAGCCAGGACGACACUCGGUUGAACGCAGCGAUGACUGGUGUAAUGAGCCAGCAAGGCACUCGGUUGAAAGCAGCGGUAACUGGUGUAAUGAGCCAGGACGACACUCGGUUGAACGCAGCGAUGACUGGUGUAAUGAGCCAGCAAGGCACUCGGUUGAAAGCAGCGGUAACUGGUGUAAUGAGCCAGGACGACACUCGGUUGAACGCAGCGAUGACUGGUGUAAUGAGCCAGCAAGGCACUCGGUUGAAAACAGCGGUAACUGGUGUAAUGAGCCAGCAAGACACGCGGUUGAAAGCAGCGAUAACUGGUGUAAUGAGCCAACAAGACAAUCGGUUGAAAACAGCAGUAACUGGUGUAACGAGCCAGCCAAACGAGCUGUUCAAGUCAGCAGUCUCACGUGGAGCGUCAUUAUGCCAACAGAAUAUGUCGAACCCAGCGCGUGUGAUAGCACAAGAAGACAGACAUAAUGCUUUUGUAACGUCGAUGAAGGCACAAAACAAAGGAUCCACAACAAUUGCAAGCCAUCUAGACAGGACAUCACAUCCACUGGUUCACAAUAUUGAACAUACACACUACACUCAACCAACAUCUCUCAGUUACCAGAGCCAGCAAGAUAGACGGUCAGUGGUAUAUUCAAACACGCAACAUCAAUACAACAAAGCAGCGGAUCGUGACUCGCCAGUUGAGUUCAUUACAACAGGAAGUCGAAGCAGUCCGAUUAUGUUGUGUUCGUCAAAUUCUAACAAGCUCUCUGCAAGGUACCCAACAUUUGAUCCACAAAGUAUUCGUUACAGUGCUCGGCCUGGGGGUUUUACAGGUACUGGGUCGAGUGAACGUGUGAAUACUCCAGAUUCACUACGUGGUAAUAGGAAUGAAGAUUAUCCAGUAAUAAGAACAGAGGAUUAUCCAGCAAUCUAUGCACGUCAACACAAAACUGAAUCAAGAAAGUCAGAGUUUGAAAGUAAACCAAAGUACUUAUCACGUUUUGAUCAUGUGAACGACUUUAGUAUGCCACACGAUUACCACGCGGAAGAGUCGCAUGAUAUGCGUAAGCAUGCGCGAGGAACUGGUGAUGAGAUACUGUUGACGAAUAUCAUCCCAGGUAAACGUGCACACAGUCCUCAUGACGUUAUAUACUCGCUCCCAGUCUUCCAACCAUCACAUUAUCCACACGGAGGUUAUGAGCUGUAUGACUUACCAAGUACAACAUUUCCAGUUCGUGCAUCAUCCCGGAUAUUCAUGCCUCCUCAUCAAGUAUUCCCGGGCCCCAGCCACCCGGCAUUUUCACCUUACGCACCACAUAUCAUUGCAACCAUAGGCACAGACCCCAGCACUCUUUAUCAGUUACCUAUGCCAGGUUAUUAUCCGCAGGAACUUGCUUACCCCAUGGACACUGGAGUACAAAUACUUCACAGCUAACAAUCAGUUAUUUUUCGCGGAAAAUCGUAAUAUUUCUGUUUUUAGGAAAAAGUAUUUACACGGAGUUAGUUUAUGUAUAUAGCACAGAUUUAUAUUUUCAUGGGUAAAAGAAAAUAUUUUGUGUAUAGAGUUAUUUAUUUUGUAUUGUACUUGUGAAUAUUUUGUUUUGUUAUUAAAACGUCUUAUUUUAUUGUUUUGCUGGGGUUUUUUGUUAAGUUUCACCGACACCGUAGUCCGUACAUACAAGGUUUGAGAGAUAUAGAAC